UCCCGAUGAGCCGCCGCGUCCUCUCCGCUCUCGCCCUGCCCGCAGGGGUGUCCCUGGCCGCGGCUACCGCGGGCUUCCAGAUCUUCUGCCAGGAAAUUGAGCACCCUGGGGAGAAAAAGGCCAGCAAGAAGGAGGCAACCAUGGGGGAGAGCAGAAGGCAUAUCAAGCCAUGCAACCUGACUGGUUGGUGGAAGAAUGACCUGGGCUCCAAGAUGCAAGUGUUCAAGGUCGGCAAGGACGGAACCUUCUCUGGAGAGUACCACACCGCCGUGUCAAGCACCCAGAAACCCAUCCAGCCGUCCCCACUGACUGGCUCCCAGCAUCUGGAUGAGGAUGGACAGUGCACCUUUGGCUUCACUGUCAACUGGAAGAAGUUCUCAGACUCCACAGCUGUGUUUGUGGGCCAGUGCUUCAAUGGGGAUGGUGGGAAGGAGGUCCUGCACACCUCCUGGCUGCUGCGGGAGAAGGUGGACUCGCAGCCGGAUGACUGGAAAGCCACCAGGACUGGGCACAACACCUUCACUCGAGUGGGAUGAAGGAGGGAGCAGCAUCUUCUCCUGGCCACACCUGGGAGACUGGAACCCAUCAGCAGGAUCCGUGUGUACCAGCAUGCCCUGACAUUUCCAGCUCUGA